CAAUUUAUUUCGAAACACUUCAAUCCUAUCAAGGGAUUAUUUAUUUCUGAGUUCCGAUUCUCAGUUAAAAUGGCCCUCGAAUUUUGGCAAAUUGUCGAUUGGAACCACGUGGCUUUCCACUUGUGGACUUUAUUUGGUCUUGUGUCUAUUGCAAUGACUAUGUUCGUGUGUGGCAAAUCGAAGAAGAAUAAGCCCGCUCGUUCCGUGGCUUCAUCUGCCGAGCCUCCACCACCACCACCGCCAGCUCCGAAGGUUCCUGAGCCACCGAAAGCUCCACCACCAGUCGAUGACGUGAAGAAGAUUGAAGAGAAGGAAGUGGAAAAGAAACCCGACGAGCCCGCGAAAUCCAAAAAGAGUGAAAAGAAGGAGAAGUCCAAGAAUGAGGGAAGCAAGAAGGAGGAGAGUAAGGAUAAAGAAAAGUCAAAAAAGUCGGAGGAUAAAAAGUCGGAAGAUCCGAAGAAGGAAGACGCUAAGAAGCCAGAUGUCAAAGGAAAGGAUACUUUCAAAAAGCCAGUCGAUGAAUCUGCGGUUGCUCCUAAAAAGGAUCCUAAUUAUCAGACUCUGGUCGGAUUGAACAAUGAUCUCUUCGGACCGGACAAAAACCCGAAAAAGCAGUUCAAAGCCCCCACAAAAGUUGAAAAAGCUGAUGUGAAAGAUCCUCAAUAUGAGACAUUGAAUGGAUUGGGUGAAGAAAUGUUCAAGGAUGAGAAGAAAGAUGAUGAAGGAAAAAAGAAGGAGUUCAAGCAACCGGAUAAAGUGCAGAAAGCUGAUGCAAAGGAUCCACAGUAUGAGACUUUGAAUGAAGUUGAUAAGGGAAUCUUUAAUAAUGAGGAGAAGAAAAGUGAGAAGAAGGAUGCAGAGAAAAAGGAUGACAAAGAGGAGAAGAAGAGUGAGAAGAAAUCGGAAAUGAAAUAAUUUUUGUAACUCGAAUAAAAUGUUUCAUAAAAUUAUUUUGGCGCGCAAGA